UCAAGCCGCCACCGGGAGCCUCAUCGCCCCCUGGGUGUGGUGCUCUGGAGGGCUUCUCGGAGGUGGUGGCCUUGGCCUCGGGCUUUCUCCGAGGCAGGGACGGGGGCGCGGGGGGUAAGAGGGGAAGACGGAAGAAUGGCUCAGAAGCCCACGAGCCAGGUCUCGGCAGGUGGUUAGGGACGCCCUGGGAGGUGGCGAGCGCGGAGAGCUGCCGACCAGCCCUCGGGGCUUCCCUCCCCCUUCCUCGGGCCGGGGAAAGGCAGCGGGUGUUUCUCGGUUUCUCUCCUCCGACUGCGGUUCACCGCUGACUCUAGGGCUGCUCAGAGAGCGUCGCGACGCGGAAUCUUUAAAAUCAUAGAUACUCCUGAAGAUUAUAUCUUCCCCUAGAAAAGUUCCACCCUUUCUUCGCUGGACUGAUAAAGUGGGAGUUGGACCCCUUAAUUCAGGCAGCAUCCCUGUGCCCCCAAGAUGGCGGCCAUGCUCCUGACAGCCAGACCAAAGGUGCCAGUAUCUUUUGAGGAUGUUGCUGUGUACUUCACCAAGGCAGAAUGGAAGCUUCUGGAUCAUAGACAAAGGAAGCUGUACAAGCAAGUGAUGCUAGAUAAUCACCACAAUUUGGUGUCACUGGGAUUUUCGUCCUCCAAGCCUCAGCUGAUCAUCCAGCUAGAGCAAGGAGAGAAACCAUGGGUAGCAGAUGUCCACAGGAUGAGGAUCACCACAGGGAUGCAGGAAGGUGACAGAAUGAAUAGCAAGCUGACAAUUUCAAAGGAGAAUAAUUGUCCAGAAGAACUCCCAGGGGCCAAUCUUCAGGUUGGCAACAUGGGCCAGGUAGCUGGGCAGUCAGAGGAAACACUUGAGCACAGACAGAAACGUGCCUGUUGUCCACAGACAGGUUCCAGCAGGGGUGACCCUCCUGGGGAGGAAGACCAAGGCAGCUCCCCAGGUGAGGGAAGAGAGAUGCAGGGAAGCAGCUGCGGAGGUAGGCAGGAUUUGGUUGUAAGGCAGCCGAGUUUCAAAGACAUGGAGAGGCAGUUCGUGUGUCAGCAGUGUGGGAAAUCCUUUUCCCGGAAAUCCAACCUCGUCAAACACCGAGUCAUCCAUAGUGACGAGAAGCCCUUUAAGUGUAGUGAGUGUGGGAAACUCUUUCGGCGCAACUUCUCACUCCUGGAGCACCAGCGCAUCCACAGUGGUGAGAAGCCCUAUGCAUGUGGCGAGUGUGGAAAGGCUUUCACACGUGGCUCCAACCUCAUCAAGCACCAGAUUAUCCACACUGGCGAGAAGCCGUAUGUGUGUGAUGAGUGUGGGAAACGGUUUGGGCGCAACUUCACACUCAUGGAGCACCAGCGCAUCCACAGUGGCGAGCGGCCCUACUCCUGUGAUGUGUGCGGCAAGGCCUUCAGCAGGAGCUCCAACCUCACUGAGCACCAACGCACACACAGCAAUGAGAAGCCCUACACGUGCAGCCAGUGCACAAAAGCCUUCAAGGGCAUCUCCCAGCUCAUUCACCACCAGCGUGUCCACAGGGGGGAGAAGCCAUUCACGUGCAAGGAGUGCGGAAAGGCCUUCCGGGGCCGCUCAGGCCUCAGCCAGCACCACCGGGUGCACACCGGUGAGAAACCCUAUGAGUGCAGUGAGUGUGGGAAGACCUUCAGCCGGCGAUCCAACCUCUUCAAGCACCAGAUAGUGCACACUGAGAAGAGACCCUACAGGUGUCAAGAGUGCGGGAAGGCGUUCCGCCACUGCUCUGCCUUCCUGCAACACUGGCGCACCCACAGCCGCCCACAGCCCUGUGCCUGCGGCCACUGUGAUGACUGCAACCAGGCCUCCAAGGAGAAACCACAGCCUGACCAGCAGCCAAGAAUUCACCAGAACCUCUUGGAGGGGAACAACUCAGAGAUGGAACCGGCCUGCCUGGGCCUCCAAAGAGCCACUGCGGAGUCCCAUCCAGAGAAUGAGAAUCACCUUCAAGACUCCAGCUGUGCCACUGCCCCCAGCACCACCAUCUGACUGGGUGCUCUGCAGGAGGGCUGGCUUUAAGAUGAGCCUUCCUAGUCCCCUUCCCUUCCCUCAUUGAUGAUGCAAUUGCAGCCCAGAGACUGCACCACAGACUGGCCCCUUCACACAUUUGUAUUCCUCAUUGGAGCAGCUGAAAGUGCUCUUGCCCCUUGUGCCUGGGGCCUGCGUGCUGUGGGUGGGAGGGAGCGAGUGCCUUGAGUUAAGUAGUAACCCAUAUCAUCUCAUGGGGGCCUUCAAUUCAUCCCAAGACUUGUUAGUGUUUUCAGGUAGAAGACACGAAGAGCACUUUAAUCCUUUAAAAGCGUAGUAGUGGGAGGGACUUGACAGCAUUCAAAAUUGUGGGCUCCACAUCGAGGCUGUGGCUGGACUGUGACAUCACCUAAAAUUCAUCAGAAAUGGUCUGAGAAAGGACUCAGGGACUGAGACAGUGAAUUGCUCGUGCCCACUUUGUGUGCCCACACAUCAGCCCAUGGAGAGUGGCAUCUCCUUGGGGGGUAAAGCACAGGACACCCUGCUUUUGUGCUGAGCAGUGGCCCAUACUUUUUCCAGGCCAUUUGACUUUGUGCCUGAAAAUCGCAGCCUCCCACGGGCACCACCAGCUGCUUCCAGGAGAAGCAGCACCCAGGACCCAUCUUUUCGGAGCUCAGGGGAUUUGGGGGGAUGGCUUCCCUGGGCCCUUCGAAGAGGAUGAGGCCUGGGGACUCUUGGCUUCCCCUCCCAGAGAGAGGAGCCCUUGGGCUCAGGUCCCUCCCAGCUGCCACCAGCUGCCCUGCUGCCUUUCGUCUCCUACCCACACCCCGGCUCACCCCACCCACUGCCUUCAGAUUCAGCCUGCAAGGGCUGGACUGGCCUGUCUGCUCCUUCUCCCCACUCUCAGUGCCUAAAGCACACAAUUUAAGUUGCUUCUCCCCCUGAAACAGCAGCCCCUCAUGCCUGGUGCUGAUCAGGAGGAAAGCAGGCUGGGUUAGGAAUUUGCACAGAGCAAGCCCAGUAAUGGCUCUCGCUUUCACAUGAUGUUUGUUACAAUAUUAGAGGUUCAGUUGCUUUCAGUGUUCUUGCAUUCAGGUGUAAUGUAAGUCAUAGUAGAAAUUUUUGCUAUAGGGGAGUGUCAGGGAAUCGCCCCUUAAAUAAGAAUCCUUCCAACCCUCUCAGAAGACCUCAGGAAGGAGAAAGGGGCCUACCUCAGGCCUGACGGCCAGUUAGCUUGCUGGCAAGCCUGGCCCGUCUUCUCACUCCCUCCCCUAUCCCUGCAGAGACAGGGUGAAGCCUUCAAAUGGCACUUUACUGCAGGCCACCCCCUGCCCACCUUACCCACAGAAACUCUGCAGGGAAGAGUUCAUGCUGCCUGGGGGGAAGCUGCUGGCAGGUCUGGAUUGUUCUGCCCACACUGUCCCCAGAGCUGGGACCAGGAGUUCUGCCCCCUUGCCCUUCUCAGCCCUGCAUCCUGGUUGGCUCACCACCUGCCAGCCCCCUUCAGCACCCGCCAGGGUCUUCGGCUCAGUCACACGGACUGCCAGAGGUCAGGCAGGUGGUGGGUGUGCUGGAGAUUUCCCCCACCGGGCCUCUGAGAAGCACGCACUUCCCCUGCCAGAAACUGGGCUUGGAAGUGCAGGGCUCCUUCUGCACAUGCUGCUUGGAGCGCCCACUGCUUGGAUGACUCUGGAAGUGAGAGUGAGAAGGAGAUAGAGAGCAAGUCGUUUCAUACAGUUAAUAUGACCAUCACUUGUGCACAUUUGUGACUUAGGAAAAGUUCUUUAGUUGUUGUAACUUGCUUUUAUUUCAGCCUCCUUUUGCUCUGUGUGUCACGUCGUCUUUGAGCCCAGCGUUUAGUAAAUAUUUGUGAAAUGAAUCUUAUCCCCUUAGCAAAUGACCUCAGGUUUUAGACCACAGUUGGCUCCAACCUUACCUUUUGGCAGUGGAAAGUAUUUGCAGCUUUGGGUUUUCCACUAGAAAUAGACGUUUUAAAGGAGUGUUGUCUUUGAACACUGUGGUGAGGUCACUGGGAAGCAUGUUGUUUGUCUGAGGUUCCAGACAGUCUUUCUUAAAGCAGCAGGGCUUCAGGAAGCCCACCCCCACAAAGGGCAGGGGACAGCGGCCUGAGGCCAUUUGCUCGGGCUCUGGUACCUUUUUUGUUCAGCUGAGGCAACCCAGGAUUGGGGCAACAAUUGCUGCAUGACAGGCCCGGAAGGAGCGUAAAUCCAUGCACAAUGCUAUCCAUUUCCAUCGCUCUAGAAAGUGAAUGGCUUUACUCCUAUGGGUCAGUAACCAACUUUUAAUAAAGAAAAGGUGUAUCUCCCCAGUACAGCAUCAACCUAUUGGUUCCACUGGAUAAGCUGACUAGAUUUUGAAUGUGAGCACCUUUUUAUACCUUGGGACCCACCUAGAGAUGACUAGAUACUGGGGGUACAGGUGGUGAUGCCUGAUUUUUCAACAGAAAGUGGACUUGCCUGGAGAGAUGCAAGCAGAGAUGCCAGGCACAUGUUCUCUGGUCUCAGUGCCCUGAAAGGCUCCAGGAUUUCUUUAGUGCUUGCUUACCCAGAUAUGUGACAUGUAUAAGUGAUGCAUCUUUGGUUUGGCAUUUCUCCACCUCGUCUCACUCCUUCAUUAGAUUUUCACUCCACUUCAUUAGCACAUGUGGUGGUAAUCAAUCAGGUGUGCAUCAGGAACUAAACUGGUCACAUGGAAUCAUCCAGAGAGUGUCCGGAGAGGAUGCUUGCGAUUUGCCUUCUACUGUGCCUUGAAAUCGGGCUCCCCCCGGCUAGGUGAGGAACUGCGAUUGUGGCCCACACUUGCUUUCUCAUGACGACUGGAGUGUAAAAGCUGAGACUGUUGGGGAUGUCUUGCCUGCUUUUCACCACCUGCCCCCCAACAAAAUUCACACUCCACACUUCUGGACUGGGCUUUGGCUCCAGAGACGACCCUGUCAGAUGCUGGAUCAUGUAGCACAUGAUUUGAUCUUUCAAACUUGGGACACUUUUCAAGAGCUGUUUAAGUGCUGCGGCAGUAUCUUCUCAUAACUGGUAAACUGUCCCAACUGAAUUCUUUGACUUUGGGUGUAAACAAAUAAGGAAGGUCUGGGUGUUGAUUUGAAGUAACAGCAGUUUGGUGAAAGGUCUCAGGAAAGGGUGCUGACCUAGAUUGGGGGAGGGGGAGCCGAGACAGUGUGUCUGGGCAUGAAGGGAAGCCAGGACCCCUCCAAGAGGAGCUGCACAGAGACCAAGGGCAGCCGCCCAAGGCCGCUGGGACUCCUAGAGCAGGAGGGCAGAGCCACCCCAUCAGUGACCUGGUGUCUUAGACCUUUUGCUUACAUUGCCUGCAAGGCUUGUUCCCCUUUGCAAAGCUGCCUGGUGCCUGAGAAGGGGGCUCUUGCAGGAUUCUGUUACCACUGUUGUUGAAUGUCCUUAGUUUCUAAUUCUACUGGAUGGCUUCCCCCUCACUCCGGGGCUGGUUCUGGCCCAUACUGUGGCAAUCUAGGGGAAGCAGGAUGCCCAGGCUGGAGGCAACUCCCUGUGAACAAUUCCAGAGGGGCCAAGACCCCGCUUUUGCCAUCCCUGCCACGGUAAGGGGACAUGGCAGCUUUCAGCUCAGGAUGCUGAGUCUUUGCCUGGUUAGGUAGCAAAGUACUGUGUGGAGGUCAGGGUAGAACUUAGUACCAGGUGAACUCUGAAGACGAGAAGUGGAGAUCAUGGGGUUUCUGAGAGGAUGGAGGGCUUUCUGUAGGGCAGACAUGGGGUAAAGGGUCAUGAGAACCAGAGCACGAACAACUAGGAGUGUCAGACAAAGAAGUUUGGUCUCUAGCUGGCUCCUGAAGAAGAGCAAUUUUUUCUAACAGAAUUAUUCUAAGAUCAAGGAAGAAAAAAGUUGUAGAUGAUAACUGCUAGAGUUUGUGAAUUUACACAUUGAAGACCACUAAGUGUACACUGGAGUCAUCUAGACAGUUCUGAAGAAUUUUCCAUGCAGGAAGGGGUCAAAAGGACAGAGUACUGGUGGGGGGGGGGGCGGGCAAAGGCAAACGGGAGUGCCCAAAAUUGCAAAGCACCCCGGGUGGUGGCUUGCUGCCAUUUAUUCUCUCAGGUCAAUUCUCACUUUUACCUCUACUUAGAUGGUUUCCUCUUGUGCUAGCCCCAGUGUGUCCAUGACAUCACAACACAAGGGCCCUCUAGGAUUUGAAGGUUGCUGGUUCAUCUUUCAAAACCUGAACACAUUCAGAGUGUACAAUUGGGUGAGUUUUGAUGUGUAUCCACCUGUAAAACCAUCACAGCAGUGAAGAUGGUGAAUGUGUGUCCAUCACCCCAAAAAGUUACCUUGUCUGCCCCAGUGCUCACUCCUUCAUACCCCUUCUUGCCCUCCCCCUUCCCACAGUGAUUGUUCUUCCUGUCACUCCACAUUGGUUUGCCUUUUCUAGAAUUCUGUGUAAUUGAAAUGAUGCAGCAUGCACUCUUCUUGCCUGACCUCUCAGCAUAAUGACUUUGAAGUUCAUCCAGGUUGUUGUGUGUUUGUAAGUUCUUCAUUUUUUAAUCACUAAGUACUAGUCUUAUUUUCUGAAUGGAUCAAAAUUAUUUUGGUACAUUUUUAGGUUUUCCAAACUUUGGCCUUGACAAAUAAACCUGCUGUGAAGUUUUGUGUGCA